ACAGCUCAGCUCACAGUAUACAUGUGGAGGCAGGGGACGCGCCGCGGAGAAAGUGGUGUCUGACAAGUUACCGCACUCGGCGCUUCUCACUUCACUCACUUCGGAGAAGGCUGGAUACAACACAACAGCUUUUCUGGACACCAGUUUGACUUGUCUCUUGACUCAUCGCUGUCUUAACACAAAGUAAACGCUCCUUGGAGGGUGAAGACGUGCGCACUUUAAAAAGUUAAAAGACGCAAAAAAAACAACAACCCAACUUUAAGGAAAACCGCAAGCUUUCUCCAGACGACAGAAUAGAAAGAAGAACUCAAAGUUCUUAAGGUAGAACUUGUUUCUGAACUGUUUUUCUUUUCUAUGUCUACCAAGAUGGAAACUACUUUUUAUGACGACUCGCUCAGCGCUUUCUCCCAGCAUGACAGCACGGGCUACGGAUACAACCCCAAAGCACUGAAACACAACAUGACGCUGAACCUCGCCGACCCGACGGGGACGCUCAAGCCUCAUCUGCGGGCCAAAGCCGGCGACAUCCUAACCUCCCCGGACGUGGGACUGCUGAAACUAGCCUCCCCUGAGCUGGAGCGGCUCAUCAUCCAGUCGAGCAACGGCAUGAUCACCACCACGCCGACCCCGACACAGUUCAUCUGCCCCAAAAACGUCACGGACGAGCAGGAGGGGUUCGCCGAGGGCUUCGUCCGUGCACUGGCAGAGCUCCAUCACCAGCACAUGCCCAACUCCGUUAACGUGAGUGUAACUUCGGCUCCACAGACCAGUGUAAACAAUGCCUUGCCACCUGUUUCGUCAGUCGCCGGUGCCACCGUUUACAACAACAACGCCGCCAUGCGCUCCGAUUCGCCGGUGUACGAGGACUUGAACAACUUCAACCCGGCGAUCAGCACGGUGUCUGCCCCGAAUUACACCACGUCGGCCCCCACUAUGUCCUUCUCCGCUGCCCCGCCGCAGCUCCCCGUUUACGGGCAGCCCUCUGCCCCCCUCCCCCGCCUCACGGCGCUCAAAGAGGAGCCGCAGACGGUCCCCGAGAUGCCGGGAGAAACGCCUCCCCUCUCCCCGAUCGACAUGGAGAGCCAGGAGCGCAUCAAGGCCGAGAGGAAGCGAAUGAGGAACCGCAUCGCUGCCUCCAAAUGCAGGAAGAGGAAACUGGAGAGGAUCUCUCGGCUGGAGGAUAAAGUCAAGACCCUCAAGUCCCAAAACUCGGAGCUUGCGUCCACCGCCAACAUGCUGCGUGAGCAGGUGGCCCAGCUGAAACAGAAGGUGAUGAACCACGUCAACAGCGGGUGCCAACUUAUGCUUACGCAGCAACUCCAGACCUUCUGAGGAGAGGGGGAGAGCGAGAGAAGCAACGUUUGAAUGGGAGAUUGGAAAGACUGUGGCCGAACGAAAUGGACGCUUCGUUUGAUAGUGUAUGGCUGUAUCUCCCGAUAUCGUGUCAGGAUGUGGGAUGAUAUAUCGCGAGUGUGCCGGGACCGGGGCCGGCGCUUCCCUUAGUGCCACGGGCCUCCCGAUGGCGCGUCCACGAAAGAGGGCUCUGGACAUUGACAGUGCACCCACGAAACCAGAGGGGAAAUGGCAACAAGCGGAACAUCUUUCUGUUUUGUGUGCUGUUUUUUUUAUUUCUUACUGACCAUGACAGGACUGGACUUUAGUUGACUUCCACCGAACUCUGCAUGGGACUGAUAAUGACCAUCAAAGAAGAAAUUCAGUAUUAGAGGAUUUCCAACAUGCAAUACUGUUCUUGCUGUAGCCACCUGGCGCCAGAUUUGGGCGUGUUGGCCAACUCCCAAAAAGGCUGAAAAGUUGUAACAAAAGCUGCCUGACUUCUGAGUUACAGUACAACGUACCUUUUCUUAUUUGUAAGAAACUGUCCUUUAAGUUAGAAAAGCUUCAAGAUUUACUUGUUUCUUUCUAAAGUUCUUUUUAAUGGGGUUUCACUCAUUGUUAUAUGUAUAUAAGAUCAACUUGGAGUACUUAUGUUUACCAUUUGUAAUAAGAAUACUGUAUAAUUUUUUAUGUUUGUUUUCUGAGCACUUCAGAAACUAAUCAAUAUUUAAGAAAUGAAAUAAACAACAUAAA